AUGGCGACCAACAAACCAACCUUCAUCUUCGUCCCCGGCGCGUGGCACUGCGCGACUAAGUUUCAGCCGGUGACCUCCCAGCUCGAAGCUCUCGGCUACAGCACCGCGUGCGUGCAGCUCCCGUCGUACGGCGCAGAGCCGCCCUUAUCAGACUUUGACCCGGACGUCACGGCCAUCCGGCAGAGUAUCGAGGAGGCCGCGGAUCGCGGUGAAGAUGUGGUCUUGUUCAUGCACAGCUACGGCGGCGUAGUUGGCUGCGAAGCUUGCCGCGGACUUGACAAGGCGACCCGACAGGAGCUGGGCAAGCCUGGCGGUGUUAUCCGCCUAGUUUUCUGCUCUGCUUUUCUGCUCUCAGAAGGGACGUCGCUCCUGGACGUGCUCCAGGGUAAACCGCUUCCGUGGUUCAUCCUGUCAGAUAACGACAUGCUCGUCAGUCCCGACCGACCACGAGAGAUAUUCUACAAUGACUUUGACGAGGACGCUGCGAGGGAGGCAAUCCUCCAGUUGAAGUCUCACAGCUAUCGGACUUUCUACAGCAAGUUGACCUAUGCCGCUUGGAGGGAUAUUCCUGUGACCUAUAUCCUUUGCGAACAAGACAACGCGAUCCACAGCGCGGCUCAGCAAGCCUUGAGGCGAUCCGUGGGAGAACUGAUUUAG